AUGGGCUCCCAUCCAAACUCCAGCGAACACAUCCUCAUCACGGGCGCAGGCGGCUUCAUAGGCCAGGAACUCGCCAAUUCUCUACUAGCAUCCAAUACAAGCGUUCAUCUCACACUCGCGGACGUAUUCGAGCCGCCAAGUGCAGAUUCAUCUCGCACGAAAUCAGUCAAAGCCGAUCUCACCAGCCCCGCAGCCGUAGACUCUUUACUGUUCACCCAACAGUGGAGCGCUUGCUACCUACUCCACGGCAUCAUGUCCGGCGGCGCAGAAGCAAAUCUCGACCUCGGACUCGCCGUAAACAUCGACUCCCACCGCCUGACCCUGGACCACCUCCGGAAGUACCAGCCCGGCGUCGUCGUCGUAUUCCCGUCUUCACUAGCAGUAUACGGCCCACCGGAAUCGCCUGACCAGCAGUACGACGAGAAAACUAUUCCAGUACCGCAGUCUUCGUAUGGGGCGGAGAAGCUUAUCGUUGAAACGCUGGUGAACGAUUACUCCCGCCGCGGACUUAUCGAUGGGCGGGUGGUGAGAUUACCCACCGUCAUUGUAAGGCCUGGUGCACCUUCAGCUGCGGCUUCGAGUUUUGCAUCGGGGAUUGUAAGGGAGCCGCUAAAGGGGCUGCAAUCGACACUGCCUGUAAGCAAGGACCUCGCGAUGUGGGUGUGUUCGCCCAAGACGGUAGUGAAGAAUUUGGUCGCUAUCAAAGAUGUCCCGAAGGAGAGAUUUGCGAAGAAUCGGGGACGCGUGGUCAACUUACCAGGACAGACGGUCACGGUGGGCCAGAUCUUAGACGCAUUGGGCGAGGUCGGCGGCGAGAAGGCAUUGCAACUGAUAGAAAAGAAGCAUGAUCCGAAGGUAGAGGCGAUUGUUGCGAGUUGGCCGGCGAGAUUUGACAUCUCGUUAGCGAAGAAACUGGAUAUGGCGGGGGAUAUCAGUCUGAAGGAAGAGGUGCAGAGUUUUGCUGCGAAUCUCCAGUCAUAG